AUGGGUGGUGUAUCAGAAGAAUUCAACGAAAUUUAUAUGGAGGUGGAGAAAGAUUACUUGUUCAAAAGUAUGAAUGUGAAGGAUCGAUCGACAAAAAUACGUUUGGUCAAGCCUGGCAAUGUACCGCAUUUGAAAGUGGAACAGAGAUCAUGCGGAAUGACUCAUGAGUUACCUGUAGUAUUGAUUCCAACCAAAUAUUGGAAAACUUACGAUAUGCCGGCUUUAAAUAAUAUUUCGGUUGCUCUCUAUCUCCCACCACUAUCAACAAUACGUAGUUUGGUAACUUCGUUCAAGAAUAUGGGAGUAAAAUAUUUGGAGAUUAAAGGAAGUCGAAAAGGUGAACUUCAGUUUUGUGGUGACUUAGAUAUGGCAAAUAUUGUCGUACAUUUUUCGAAUCUUUCCGUUGUUUCAUUAGAGAAUGGUCAUGUAAGUGAUACAGAUGAUCCAGGUGUGUUACGAACAGUACGUGUCGAUAUCAGGGCAGUUUAUCACUUGCUUCGCAGUUUCCCCUCCCUUUUCACAAUGUCGCGAACAUUGCUCAGGAUUGUACCAGAGAAGAUGGUGGUAUUUUCAGUGGAGCAAAAUGAAGCUUCAUUGCUUUAUUUCGUGAGCGGAAUGGCAUAA